GAACUAGCGUCGGUUUGGAUUUAUGUCACUUUGGCACGAUUACGCACGACUAACAUGGGGAUAAAACGCAUCUUAAAGCAGGACGCGGCGGAUGCAAAGCGGUCCAGGCGAAUAAAUAAGAUAUGAACGGAUAACCAGCUUGGAAAUAUCACAAAGGAGAAGGCAAACGUCGACAUGGCAGCGUUGGUUUUUAACGUAGACGCGUGCGUAAAGUAGUCCUUGAAUGCGGAGCGAAUACGGAUACGCGGAGGGAGCGGACACACCGAGGGGCAGCGGCGGAGUGUACCCGGGUUUCGAAGCUCCCCACGCGGCUUGGAAGCGGAUGAAGGCUCGGUGGUGCGGUGUCCUCCAGGGCCUGAAGGAUACCCGACGAGAUUUUUGGAUUAGAGUGAGGCAAUAGUCGUUUUGACGCAUUGGAAAGGGACAACAAGACGCAACAACAUCGCACCAGCUGAGAUUGUCGUCCAACCUGAUCUUCUUUUUCACUGGACCCUAGACUUGCCCUCGUCUGACUCUUUCCCAACUGGACACCCAAGCGCCACCGAGUCCCUCUUCCCCCCUUCCCCUUUUGUAUUCGUUGUACAGUUUUUACUCUGCUCUGCGCCUCAACUUGAGCCUUGAGAAUGUCCCGAAGAGUAGAAAACGGUUUGAUGCUUCUUAGAAAACGAGGACUGGCGUAAAGGAACCUCCGAAGUGCCUAUCUAAGCCCACCUCCUCCGCCCCUUCGUCCCCCCAUCACCACCACCACCAUCACCAUCAUCAUCCGCACCAUCAUCAUCAUCACCAGCACCAUCACCCUCACCCGUUUUCCGCCUCCCCCCUGCGUUACUCCCCUCCCCCGCACCCGCACUCAGCUUUAACCAUGGCCACAGCCGCCACCGCCUCUUCCUCCCCCGCGGCGGCGUCAUCGUCCUCACCGUCGUCGUCGUCGUCCUCCUCCUCCUCGGCCAAUGGGAGCGCCCGGGAGCACCUUCUGGCGGUGCGGCGAAGGACCCCUCACUCCAGACCCUACACCAUCGGGCCAGAGAACCUGCGAGGGCUGUCCAGUUCGGGCACGUCGACGCCUCCCCCGUCCUCGCCCCUGCCCGCGGAGGUGCCACAGGAGAGCGCGGGGGUCGGGCUGCAGCGGGCGAACAGCGACACGGAUCUGGUCACGUCCGAUAGCCGGUCUUCUCUGACGGCGUCCAUGUACCAGCUCACUCUCGGGCAGGGACAUCUGGUCAUCUUCUGGGACAUCAAGGAGGAGGUGGACGCUACGGACUGGAUCGGCUUGUACCACAUAGAUGAAUCGUGUGUUGCGAAUGUUUGGGAUUCGAAGAACCGCGGCGUGAACGGCACCCAACGGGGCCAGAUCGUGUGGCGUUUGGAGCCGGGACCCUAUUUCAUGGAGGCGGAGACUAAGGUCUGCUUUAAGUACUACCACGGAGUGAGCGGAGCGCUGCGAGCCACCACACCCUGCAUCACCGUCAAGAACCCGGUGGUGAUUGUUGGCAGUGAAGGACAAGUGGAGGACCAAUCAGGGACUGAACACUGCCGCAAACUCGUCAGCUUCACUCUGUCAGACAUUGCGGCGGUGGGUUUGAAAAAGGGCAUGUUCUUCAACCCGGACCCUUACCUGAAGAUGUCCAUCCUGCCGGGGAAGAGGAGCGGCCUGCCCAAGUUCACCCACCACGGGCAGGAGCGCCGGUCCUCCAUCACCGCCAACACCAUCAACCCGGUGUGGCACGGAGAGAAGUACACGUUUGUGGCUCUAAUGACGGACGUGCUGGAAAUCGAAGUGAAGGAUAAGUUCGCUAAGAGCCGGCCCAUUAUCAAACGCUUCCUGGGUCAGCUGAUUAUACCUGUUCAGAGGCUCCUGGACGGACCUGCUACAGAUGAUCAUCCCGUCACCUAUAGCCUGUGCCGUCGCCUGCCCACGGACCAUGUGAGCGGUCAGCUGAACUUCAGAGUGUCCAUCACCUCCACUGGACAAGAAGAAGCUUCUCCUGACGCUGUGGGAGCCAUGUUGGACGGAGCUGUGAACGGCGACCCGGGAAGCCCCUCUGACGACGAAGACCUCCCUCACGCCUCCUCUUCCUCCGGCGUCGCAGGCGGAGCGUCCCCCACCGGCUCCGAGGAAGGCUCCCUGCUGGUCAACGGGGCCUGUUACUACGACGACGUUUGGGCGGAGCCGGGACACUCGCGGCGGGACGGAGACGUCACGGCGAUGGGGCGACACACGCAUCGCCAGGUAUCGCUCAAUGACUAUCUGGACGCUUUGGAGGCUCAGAGGAACGCGCAAGAAAGGAUUGCGAUGGGACCUUCUCCGAAACUGAGAUCAAGUUUUCCCACGGACACGAGGCUGAACGCCAUGCUGCACAUCGACUCCGACGAGGAGGAGGAGGAGACGGGCGACGAGCCGAGAGAGCAGAGAAGCGAAGAACGUACGACUCAACAAGAGAACGCGGCAGGGAAAGAGGAGCAGCAGACCGGCGCUGUAUCUCAGGACAUCCAAGAGGCGGGGGCAGGUGAUCAGUCUGUAACCACGGAGACGGAAGCAUCAGGGGGUCCAGCCGAAGAAGAAGAAGAGACUCAGGAAGGAACGAUAGCUACAACCGUUAAUGCUGCUGCUUCUGCCGUUGCUGAUGAAAGUUCUCCAUCGGGAAGUGGAGAAGCAGAGGGAGGAGAUGUCCCAAGUUCAAGUCCCCAGCCUGAAGGUGCGGAGGGUGGUGCAGCAGCGAGCGCGGACAGGCCUGGUUUGGAGUGUACCUGCCCCAACCAGAACAGGAACAACCAGGAAGUUCUCUGCAGCUCCGCUCUGACGUGUGGACCUUUGUCUCCGAUAGAGGAGGUGGACACAGGUAAAGAACUGGCCCCUAAAGCGGAGGAGGAAGGGGUGGAGUCGUCCAGUAGUGAAGCUAUCGGUCCGGUGGAGACAGAGCAGACGGCCGCCUCAGACUCUGGAGCGAGGGCCGGGCAGAGCAGCAGAGCGGAGCAGGAGGAGCAGGCGGGGAGCGGGGAGGCGGCAGGCGGGGUGUGGAGGAGACGGCGCUCUCUACAGGCCGCUGGAGGAGUGGCGCAAAACCAAGCUUCAGAUUCAGGUGGUACGGCUCAGGUCAACGGGCACCAGUCUGUCCGCACCCUGCCAUCUGUCCACCAUGACAUCAGCAGAUACCAGCGGGUCGACGAGCCACUGCCUCCAAACUGGGAAGCGCGCAUCGACAGUCACGGACGCAUCUUCUACGUGGACCACGUGAACAGGACCACGACAUGGCAGCGUCCCACAGCGCCCCCUGCCCCCCAGACGCUGCAGAGGUCCAACUCCAUACAGCAGAUGGAGCAGCUCAAUCGCAGGUAUCAGAGUAUUCGUAGGACGAUGACCAAUGACAGUAGGCCGGAGGAGCAGCCCGCCAAUGAGAUUCUGUCAGACGAGACGGACAUGCAGCCUUCAACUGGAGAUCUCCGCAGAGACACCGGCUUGGCUCCGUCUGGCUCUCGCUCUCGGCUCAACCUCCUGCUUCAGUCUCCGAGCGCCAAGUUCCUCACCAGCCCCGACUUCUUCACUGUGCUGCAUUCCAACCUUAGUGCCUACCGUAUGUUCACCGCCAACACGUGUCUGAAGCACAUGAUCAGUAAAGUUCGCCGUGAUGCCCACCACUUCGAGCGUUACCAACACAACCGCGACCUGGUGGCGUUCCUCAACAUGUUCGCCAACAAACAACUGGAACUGCCCCGAGGGUGGGAGAUGAAGCAGGACCACACCGGCAAGCCUUUCUUUGUGGAUCAUAACUCCCGAGCCACCACCUUCAUCGACCCGCGUCUGCCCCUACAAAGCUCUCGCCCGCCCAGUCUCCUGGCUCACCGGCACCACCUCACACGCCAACGCAGCCACAGCGCAGGGGAGGUCAGCCCACGAAGACUGGCUGGUGAAGACCCUCGUCACCCCGGCCCCCCCGUCCUUCCUCGCCCGUCCAACACCUUCACAUCGUCCAGCAGGGGGCAGUGUCAGGACGUGGUUCCAGUCGCGUACAAUGACAAGAUUGUAGCGUUUCUACGGCAACCCAACAUCUUUGAGAUCCUGCAGGAGAGACAGCCCGACCUUAGCCGCAACCAUUCACUCAGGGAGAAGGUGCAGCUGAUCCGCACAGAUGGGGUGUCGGGACUGGCCAGGCUGUCAGGAGACGCCGACCUUGUGAUGCUUUUGAGUUUGUUUGAAGAUGAGGUUAUGUCCUACGUGCCUCCUCACGCCUUACUUCACCCCAGCUACUGCCAGUCGCCACGGGGAUCACCGGUCUCCUCUCCACAGAACUCACCGGGGACCCAGAGAGCCAACGCCAGAGCCCCAGCGCCGUACAAGAGAGACUUCGAAGCCAAACUACGCAACUUUUACAGGAAGCUCGAAACUAAAGGCUACGGGCAGGGACCAGGGAAGCUUAAACUCAUCAUUCGGCGAGAUCAUCUUCUGGAGGACGCUUUCAACCAGAUCAUGUGCUACUCGAGAAAAGACCUCCAACGCAGCAAACUUUACGUUAGCUUCGUCGGAGAAGAAGGGUUGGACUACAGCGGGCCUUCGAGAGAGUUCUUCUUCCUCGUUUCCAGAGAGCUUUUUAACCCUUACUACGGUCUGUUUGAAUACUCCGCCAACGACACCUACACGGUUCAGAUCAGCCCCAUGUCUGCCUUCGUCGACAAUCAUCACGAAUGGUUCCGAUUUAGUGGGAGAAUUUUGGGCUUGGCGUUGAUCCAUCAGUACCUCCUGGACGCCUUCUUCACCCGACCCUUCUAUAAAGGCCUGUUGCGCAUUCCGUGUGAGCUGAGCGACCUGGAGUACCUGGAUGAGGAGUUCCACCAGUCUCUGCAGUGGAUGAAGGACAACGACAUAGAAGACAUGCUGGACCUCACCUUCACCGUCAAUGAGGAGGUGUUUGGACAGAUCACGGAGCGAGAGCUGAAGCCUGGAGGAGCCAACAUCCCAGUGACCGAGAAGAACAAGAAAGAAUACAUCGAGCGUAUGGUGAAGUGGAGGAUCGAGAGGGGCGUGGUCCAGCAAACGGAGAGCCUCGUCCGGGGAUUUUUUGAGGUGGUAGAUGCCCGGCUGGUGUCUGUGUUUGACGCCAGAGAGCUGGAGUUGGUGAUCGCUGGCACGGCUGAGAUCGACCUGUCGGAUUGGAGGAACAACACGGAGUACAGAGGAGGUUACCACGACCACCACAUUGUAAUCCGUUGGUUCUGGGCGGCGGUGGAGCGGUUCAACAAUGAGCAGAGACUACGACUGCUGCAGUUCGUGACGGGGACCUCCAGUAUUCCCUACGAAGGGUUUGCAGCGCUAAGAGGCAGCAACGGACCUCGGAGGUUCUGUGUGGAGAAGUGGGGCAAAGUCACAGCCCUGCCCAGGGCUCACACUUGUUUCAACCGCCUGGACCUGCCACCUUACCCGUCGUUUUCAAUGCUUUACGAGAAGAUGCUCACGGCUGUUGAAGAAACCAGCACUUUUGGUCUAGAGUGACACGAAUUUAUUACAGGGCUGAGUGGAAUUUCAAAUACUGAACUAUCGCACUGGACUCCACUUUAUAUAUUCUUGUGUUAACUUAUUUCGGAUGCACCAUUGCUUUUAAAAACAUUUUAAAAACUCCUACAGCAAAUCAGGACGACGGACCUACGAUGCUUUUUUGGGACCAACGCCGUUUUAAAUAUUCGGAAGGAACAUAUUUAUCUGGACUUAGUAACAUGAAGAAGCAACCACUGCCUCCUCUGCUGUUGAGCUUUGGAACUGCAGAACUCGAACGAGGCCGAUUUGGACCUCGUUUUUAGCUUCACUAGUGCUUUCGUUGUAUUACAGCACCUCCUACAGGCCUGUUGUGGUAACUGCAUUUCCUAUUUACAGUGUGGGAUUACCGUCGGGGGUAACUUUUCAAACUUUGUGGAGUUUUUCAGUGAAUGGCUGACUUGAUAAAUUCAAGUUUUGGUAUUGUUGUUAUGGUAUUUUCAUCAAAAAUAUCAAAACUUCAUAAAUAGCUUUUCUAAAUGUGGUUGAGAAGUGAACAUGGAAUUAAAGUGAACAUUUGUAGUCACACUUUUGGCAAAAUUUAACUUGAAGAACAAAUGAUUAUAUGAAGCAGUUGUGUAUGAAGUAUAAGGCAUUUCGAGUAGUUGUAGUCGCAGUUGUUUUUGAAAUUACUGAUCCAUAUUUGCAGGGAUAUGUCGAAGAACAUAAACUCAGAGAUGCAAAACAGACUGAAAUCAAAUGAAACUGUAAGAUUUAAGCUACUUCUUGACCUUCUAUAGCGACGGGUCACCUCAGAUUAUAGAGUACAUUUAUUUGUUUGCUGUUAAUUAUAAGGCACUUGCAUCUCUAAAGCUACACGCCUUUAUUAUUAUAUAUUUAUUUUCAACCUACAUUUGUUUUUCCGAUGUCAGUUAUGCAGAGUAAAGUCAUAAAUAUUCUAAUAGAUUUUUAUCUUCAUCGUGUCACCAUGUUAAUUCACUUUAGUUAAACAUUAACCACAAAACAAAAUUAACUAUUAUGUUGUUUAUUAAAGGGCCCGUAUUACGCUCUAUGUUUUAAUGUUGUUUCUUCAUCACAAACAGACCUGGAGUUGUGUUUUCUUUCAUUCAUUCACACAAACAAAUCUGCAUGUUUACGCUGAGUUCUUCUUUUAAACUGAAAACACUCUGUUCCACCUUGUGAUGUCAUCAUGUGGCAAUGCAGGAAGUGCUCCACUGUGCUUUUAAACUCCAUUCACCUUCAUUUCUAGAAUCAUUUGGACUUGGAUUUCAGUCCUGGAAUUGCCGAUCUCUACUGAACAAAAGCUAAAAGGUAAAUUGUUAACUUGAAAACGACCUCUUCAUGACAUCACAAGGUGGAACGGAGCAUUUUGAGCUUUGGAGAUGUAGGCAGAUUAAUAAUAAACACAUGUGAAUGAAACAAAACACAACUCCAGGUCUGUUUUUGAUGCGGAAACAACAUUAUAACACGGCUUGAAGCUCACGAGAGUCAAGUUUGCGUGAUAUAGGACCUUUAAGCACAUCACAUCUAUGACACACUAGUGACACAUGGAUCUUUGUUUGUUAGUCACAGCCCUGCACACAGAAUGUAAACAUAAAUGUAAAAUAAACGUAGUUAUAAAUGCCAUAUAGUGAUCACAAGUUUAUUUAUUGGUAGAUUUUAUUGUCUUAAGUCACAGGCCUAUUAAAAGCAUCAGGUUGAGUCACCAUUGAACGCAUAUUUAUGACACAUGGUUAUAUUUACACGUUUUAACCAUAGACUGUAUAUAUAAAUGGACGUAGCUAACCUGCUAGCCGCCGCGUUCCAAAUAGUAAUCAACUCUGGCUCAAAUUCACUUUACAUUGAAAAACUUUUGCGCCUCUCUGUCUCUGCUGCUGUCAGACUCAUCAUUUUGGUCUUAAAUGUUCGUAUUAACCCUCUACAUAAUCCUGGGCUUUUUAUUUUGCUGUUGUGUCUGUAAAUCAAGAUAUGAACAUUAAUAACAGACAAAUCAGGCGCCUUCAUACCCCGAGGUCACUCCUGCUAGCGUUAGCAACAGGUUUGAUUGACAGCGUUGCUAAGCGCCGGGCGGGAAGGGGCGUUACCUUCAACAGCCUCGCUCCAGAUUGGCUCUUCGGUUGCUAUGAUACUCUUUGGGAAUUCUAAACACAGAACCCGGCUCCAAAUUGGCCGCGAUGAGCCGCUUUGACUGGAGCCGAACGCCGUGGGUGACGUCGCGCUCGCUCAGUCCACUUCUUUACACAGUCUAUGGUUUUAAUCUGUGGAACUUUAAAGAAACAUAUUUGCGUUCACAUUUUCACAGUAUUGCACUGCCCUUUUGUCAAACAGAAUGUACCAAAGUUCUUUAGGCCAGACUGCCACCAUCUGUAACUAACUCACUGUUGUGUCUGCACUUUUAGUAAAAUAUCACCUCUGGCAAAUGUU